GAGGGGGCAGUCAGGAUGGUGAGGAGAAGCCGGAGCCGGAAGCUGCAAAAAUUGACCGGGCUGUGCAGACGGGAGGAGGGGCUCAGGGUAAAGCGGAGCUGCCCUUCAUGUGGCCCUUCAGAACCUGGCGGUGAAGAGAAGGGGAGAGGAAACCCUGUUUCUGUUCAACUGUUCCCCCCAGAGCUGGUGGAGCACAUCGUCUCAUUCCUCCCAGUCAGAGAUGUGGUCGCUCUCGGCCAGACCUGCCACUACUUCCACCAAGUCUGCGACGCUGAGGGCGUGUGGAGACGCAUCUGUCACCGGCUCAGUCCUCGCCUUCGAGAGCAGGGUUCUGGAGUCCGACCCUGGAAGAGAGCUGCCAUUCUGAACUACACAAAGGGCCUGUAUUUCCAGGCAUUUGGGGGCCGCCGCCGCUGUCUCAGCAAGAGUGUAGCUCCCCAGCUAGCCCAUGGCUACCGCCGCUUCCUGCCCACCAAGGACCACGUCUUCAUUCUUGACUACGCGGGGACCCUCUUCUUCCUCAAAAAUGCCCUCGUCUCCUCCACCCUUGGUCAGAUCCAGUGGAAGCGGGCCUGCCGCUAUGUUGUAUUGUGUCGUGGAGCCAAGGACUUUGCCUCAGACCCGAGAUGUGACACAGUGUACCGCAAAUACCUCUAUGUGUUGGCCACUCGGGAGCAGCCAGGAGUGGUGGGCACGACCAGCAGCCGGGCCUGCGACUGUGUCGAGGUCUAUCUGCAGUCCAGCGGGCAGCGGGUCUUCAAGAUGACCUUCCACCACUCCAUGAGCUUCAAGCAGAUUGUGCUGGUUGGUCAGGAGACGCAGCGGGCCCUGCUGCUCCUCACAGAGGAAGGAAAGAUCUACUCUUUGGUCGUGAAUGAGACCCAGCUGGAUCAACCACGCUCCUACACGGUUCAGCUGGCCCUGAGAAAGGUGUCCCGUUGCCUUCCUCACCUGCGUGUGGCCUGCAUGGCUUCCAACCAGAGCAGUACUCUCUACAUCACAGACCAGGGGGGAGUGUAUUUUGAGGUGCACACCCCAGGGGUGUAUCGUGAUCUCUUUGGGACCCUUCACGCCUUUGACCCUCUGGACCAGCAGAUGCCGCUUGCACUCUCACUGCCUGCCAAGAUUCUAUUCUGUGCUCUUGGCUACAAUCACCUUGGCCUGGUGGAUGAAUUUGGCCGAAUCUUUAUGCAGGGAAAUAACAGAUAUGGGCAGCUGGGAACAGGGGACAAAAUGGACAGAGGGGAACCCACACAGGUACGUUAUCUGCAGCGCCCCAUCGCCCUGUGGUGUGGCCUCAACCACUCCUUGGUGCUGAGCCAGGGCUCGGACUUCAGCAAAGAGCUGCUGGGCUGUGGCUGCGGGGCCGGGGGCCGCCUCCCCGGCUGGCCUAAGGGCAGCGCCUCCUUCGUCAAGCUCCACAUCAAGGUCCCUUUGUGUGCCUGCUCUCUCUGCUCCACCAGAGAGUGCCUCUACAUGCUGUCCAGCCAUGACAUUGAGCACCACCCAGCCUACCGGGACCUACCAGCCAGCAAGGCAGUGGGGACCCCUGAGCCCAGCCUGGGGGCUGGAGCACCCCAGGACCCUGGUGGGGUGGCCUGGGCCUGUGAGGAGUACCUCAGCCAGAUCCACAACUGCCCCACACUGCAGGACCGCAUGGAGAAGAUGAAGGAGAUCGUGGGCUGGAUGCCCUUGAUGGCCGCACAGAAGGAUUUCUUUUGGGAGGCACUGGAUAUGCUGCAGAGGGCUGCUGGAGGGGCUGGCCAAGGCCCCCCACCCCCUGAAAGCUGACCCCCUCCUCUCCUAGUCUCACCCCCUGGAGGGAGAGUGUGGCCCUGGGUCAGGGGCUAAGGAGAGGUGGAGU